AUGUCAACCAUACCUAUCCCUCGGAAGCUAUGGGAGCAUCCAGACCCCGAGUCAACGGCUAUGGCCCAGUUCCGCCGAGACCUGGAGCAAUCUACUGGGAAGCAGCUAAAGUCAUUCCAUGACAUGUACCUCUACUCCAUCCAGAAUCGCACGGCAUUCUGGGAUUUCUGCUGGAAAUAUUUCAAGAUCAUCCACGAGGGGAGUUACACAAAGAUUAUAGACGAGUCCGCGCGAAUGGACAGUGUGCCUGAAUGGUUUGCCGGUGUGAAAAUCAAUUUCGCCGAGAACCUUCUCUUCUCCCGAAGCGCAGGCGAUACAUCCGGGAAGGAAGACGACAAGAUCGCUAUUACCGAGGUUCGCGAAGGUGCCAUUAAGGAUGUGGUUCAUCUUACCUGGGGCGAGUUGCGAAAGAAGACUGGUGCAUUGGCUCAAGCCAUGAAGGCUAGUGGUGUUGUUCGGGGCGAUCGUAUUGCGGUUUGUUCGGCAAAUAGCAUCGAUACAUUACUCGUCUUUCUGGCUACCACGGCUUUGGGUGCGAUCUUCUCGUCUAGUUCGACGGAUAUGGGUGUGAAGGGUGUUUUGGAUCGAUUAUUGCAGAUUGAGCCGCGAUGGCUUUUCAUGGAUGAUUUCGCGGUGUAUAAUGGGAAGACAAUUGACCUGCGAGGUAAAAUGAAGGACAUUGUUGGUGGGAUGGAUUCGAUCUCUGGGUUUCAGGGUGUCGUUUCUAUGCCGCGAUUUCAAUCGGCACCAGCGGAUAUUACCCAGGUCCCGAGAGCUGUGACUCUAGGAGCCUAUCUUAAUAGGGCAGCUGGGAAUGAGCGCCUUGAAUUCGAGCGAGUUCGGUUCUGUGAUCCCUUUUUGGUCGUUUACUCUUCAGGUACAACGGGCCAGCCAAAGUGUAUUGUUCACUCUGUUGGUGGCAUUCUGAUGAAUGGACAUAAAGAAGGUGGUCUGCAUUUUGGCAUGACGCCACAGAGCGUUGCGCUGCAGUAUACAACAACAGGAUGGAUCAUGUACUUGUCCGCGAUGCAGAGUUUAAUAUUUGGGUCGCGAGUGAUACUUUACGACGGAAGUCCCUUUCUCCCCGACCUUAUGACAUUGGCUAAUCUGGCAGCUCAAGAGCGUGUGACGCAUUUGGGAAUUUCUCCGAGAUGGCUACAGGAGCUCGAACGAGCGAAGCUCAGACCUCGGGACCUGCUCGACCUGAGUUCUCUGGAAGUAGUUACCAGUACUGGAAUGGUCCUACGAGAUGGUCUCUUUGAAUGGUUCUACGAUGAGGGAUUUCCAGCUCAUGUUCGCCUGAAUAACAUUUCGGGCGGCACGGAUAUCGCUGGCUGUUUCGGUCUAGGCAAUCCUUUAGUUCCUGUCUACGUUGGCGGAUGUGCUGGCUUCAGCCUGGGUGUCCCCGUCGAAGUCUACGAUUCGACCAUUGAAGGUGAUGGUGUGAAGGGCGUUGCAGUGGAGGAGGGGAUUGCAGGAGAUCUGGUAGCCACCUCAGCUUUCCCCAACAUGCCCACGCAGUUCUGGGGCGAUCAUAGCGGUAAAAAGUACCAUGAUGCGUACUUCGGCAGAUUCGACAAUGUGUGGACCCAUGGAGAUUUUGUGUCGAUCCACCCAACCACCAAGCAGCUAGUAUUUCACGGUCGUGCCGACGGGGUACUCAACCCAUCAGGCGUACGAUUUGGAUCUGCAGAGAUCUAUCGAGUGAUUGAAGGCCAGUUCCCGCAAGAAAUCGCUGAUUCGGUUUGUGUCGGACAGCGGCGUCCAUCUGACACCGAUGAACGGGUGAUCUUGUUUUUGCUGAUGAAGCCUGGAACAUCUUUGACGCUGGAGCUAGCCAAUCGAGUUAAAAAAGCGAUUCGUACUGAGCUCAGCCCGCGCCACGUUCCGAUGUUCAUCUUUGAAACCCCUGAAAUCCCGACCACAGUAAACUUGAAAAAAGUGGAGCUUCCUGUGAAGCAAAUUGUAUCUGGCAAACGGAUCAAACCAUCUGGAACUCUCCUCAACCCAGAUAGUCUGGACUUUUAUUAUCAAUUCGCCGAGGUUGAGAACGUGGUGCGCCACAGUAAGCUGUAA